GCCUGCUGGCUCUCGCCAAGUACUGUCUGGGCUCCAGAAUCACUGUUGUUGCCUGCGUGCCGGAAUCAGUAUAUUUCGCCGGUUACGCAAGGGGCUCACUUAUCAGCCUCAGGAUGGGCCGUCAUGAGGAGACGUCGAAUGCGUACAGCGGACCGACCCAACCAAUGCUCGACUCUACCCACACUUCCCGCGCAAAGUCUCGUACUGUCAUUAAUGAUCUUCCACCGGACGUUUUCCUCAUCAUCUUCCGUAUGCUGUCUGGCCGUCCACCGCGUUCAACACCAAUAAGAUGGUCCGACUGGAUUGGCUGGGAACGCAUGCAACCACAUACUUGGCCGGAAUAUCAUCUUCUUAACCCCGAAUAUCCUUUCCCAGACUACCUCGCCUCAGUCUGUCGCCUUUGGCGAGCAGUCCUCUCGUCCGUGUCCAAGUUCUGGAAGCGCCUGAUCAUCCGGAUUGGCAAGGACGCUACGUCACUCUCGAAGAUUGGCGACUCCCUCGUAUGGUCCCAGAACCGUCCCAUUGACAUAUACAUCAUGCGGACAUUUGACCCAAGGGUAGAGGAUCCGACGGAGAGAGCUCAGGUCAUGGCGGUUAUGGAGGUCCUAAAACCUCAUAUGAAGCGAUGGAGAACGCUCUGGAUCAAGGUCCUCUGCUCCAGCUCGUUGCCGCUUCCUCGUGUCGACCUCAUUGGACAGGCAGACGUGCUCAGGGAGCUGACGCUGGACUUUGUUAUUGACGACUCUGUUGCCAGCGAUGGCGCCGCUUCACCACUCGUCGGCGCGUUUCACACCCCUGCACUGGACAAGCUGUUCAUGAGCGGACUACAUUUCCGCGAGUUGUUCGUGAAGCCAUUCCCGCAGUCGCCUCUACCACCCGCACUCAGCGAGCUCACCGUGGCUGAGUACGACUCGACGCGCCAUCCACCCUUCUCGUUAUUCGACCUCCUGUCGUGCCUCGUCACGGGCCACAGGCGGCUAGGUUCGAUGGUGCUUGCCAAUCUGGAUCUCGACCACUCAUAUAGCGGACCGUCUAUCCUCAGCUCCCACGUUAGCUGGUACGCCGACGUCGGAUUCUUCGACAUGAGCGGCGAUGUCAUCGCGGAAUAUCACCGGUUGCUCCGCUCUCCGUGGGCCGAGUCUGCGUACUACACCCUUUGGCUCUCGCCGCUCGCGAGAUUACUGAUUGGCGUGCACGGCCGGACCUCGUCUCGCCACGCAUGUCUCAGGCAAUGCGACGGUCUGAGCCCCGCUGUGCUGUUGUUGCUCGCGGUGACGAUCCUCCCUGGAGACAACUGGAUUUUGCCGGACCUGCGCGGGCUCACCAUCGAAGGCUGCACAGGUUUCCAAAGCCCGGACUUGCGCCUCUUUCUCGAGCACCGCCGCAGGGCACAUGCGGUGACCGGCUUCGCAGAAGACGGCGAUCUGGAGUAUGUCAUGUCCUCGGUGAAGUAUCUCCACGUGCAAGAUUGUUGUGAGCUUGCACCAGCGGAUAAGGAAUGGCUUGACGAGAACCUUGAUGAAGUUCAUUGGGACGAUUGGAGUGGGGGAACUGGUGCGUCUGUGUGGAUCUGCUAA